UUACGUAGAUUAGCAAAAGGACUUGUUUGGCACUAGGCAAAUAACAAUCUAGUAGUACAUAAGGAUUUACUGAUACAAAUAUAUAAAGAAGUAUAAAGCACCCAUUCAUCAAGAGCUUUGGAACUUUUCUAGCAAAACUUCCAUUCAUAGAAUCAUGUCUUCUCAAACAAAGGCCAAGCUCCCUGUUAUAGACUUGUCUAUGGAAAACUUGAAGCCUGGCACAAAUUCUUGGUCAUUGACAUCCAAUGACGUCUGCCAUGCACUCGAAGAGUAUGGCUGUUUCAUAGCAAGGUACAAUGAAGUCUCUUCAGAACUACAUGAUGCCAUUUUCCAAGCAUCAGAUGAGUUGUUUGAUCUGCCAAUGGAAACCAAAGUCCUAAAUGUCUCUGAUAAACUUGGCUUUGGCUAUGCUGGGAACUACAAGUCCAUGCCAAUCUUUGAAGCCAUUGGCAUUGAAAAUGGGGCGACCAUAGAAGGAAUUCAAAGUUUCACCAAUCUCAUGUGGCCCUCUAAAAAUAACAACUUUUGCAAAACUACAACCUUGUUCUCAAAGCUGCUAUCAGAAAUAGGCAAUGCAGUGCUGCGAAUGGUAUUUGAAUGUUAUGGCGUAGAGAAGUACUAUGACUCCCACAUUGAAUCUACCACACACCUUCUGAGAUUCAUAAAGUACCGUGCAUCCAAAAUGAAUGAGAGUCACAUUGGCCUGCAUCCACAUACAGACAAGGACUUCCUGAGCAUACUUGACCAAAAUCAAGUUAAAGCUUUGCAAAUUGAAACGAAGGAUGGCGAGUGGAUUGAAUUUGAGCCCUCACCUUGUACUUUUGUAGUCAUGGCAGGUGAUGCGUUCACGGCAUGGAGCAAUGGCAGAAUACAUGCUCCUUUUCAUCGAGUCACCAUGACAGCGAAUGAAGCCAAGUACACUAUCGGGCUGUUUAUGUUCAUGCGUGAGAUGGUGGAAACACCAGUGGAGCUCGUUGAUGAAGAACACCCCUUGAGGUUUAAGCCGUUUAAUCAAUUUUCGUAUCUUCAAUAUUGCAACGAAGAGGGAACCAAAUUCAAAUGUCCUCUUAUAGCCUAUUGUGGCAUUUGAUUGACCUUGCACUCUGGAGACAUUUAUGUUUCCAUAUGCUUGGAAUUGUGAAAUAUUUAUCCAACUCUAGGAUAUGUAGCUGUUUGGGUGUCUCUAUGUUAAACUAUGCUUGAAUUGGUUGUUGUUUGAAUGUUUUAUGUUGACAUGCAUGAAAUCCAUAACUUUUGCUUGUAACA